AAUCCACCAGAUGCAUCAAAUCUACCAUCAAUCAUCAAUCAGGCUCUGUCAUCAAUCCAUCUCUCCAUCCAUACCCAGCCAACCCACCCAGCCGGCAACCGUCGCGCAUUUGAAAUCUGAAAUCUGCAGGUAACGACACGAAAAGCAAGCAGACGCAAGACAGAGAAGCGUUGAACUUUUCUUCCUGCAAACGAAACUUCCUCGUCGUGAUGUCUCGAGACAGAACCAUGGUGCAUACCAUGACUUUUUCACCUCCCUCAAAACGGGACGACACCGCCUCCAAGCCUGUCACCGCCAAAACAGAAGUACUGCUUUUACAGCCCUUCUCACGGGCUCCACAACUGUGCUUUGAUGACAUAUCUGUGGGAACCGAGGCCAGCCAAUCCAUCAAAGUAUGCAACACAUCCGUCGUUGAGCAGACGGUUUUCAUUGAGCGUGUUCCUCGCAACAAAGGGUUUUCCGUCGAUGCUGAAGUCUUCAAAGUGGCACCCCGAGGACAUGAGACAUUGACUGUCAAGUGGAUUCCUGCCGACAAUGAUGCAAGCUGCAGGGUCACCAUCAAUGUGCGGUCGGACCAAGGGUACAAGGGAGGGCUGGUCGUGCUUGCAACGGUCAAGAAGUCUGUCAAGAGGGCCUCAAGACAACCACAAAAGCCCCGUACCAAAGUUCUGGCCCAGUCGCAACAGCUCAACCUUCCGCCGAGCGUUAAGGAAGCUGCACCGGCCCCAGCGCAUACAAAGAAGCGAAAAGUCACCGUGCCGCUGGAAUUUAAGUUGAAGACAAAAACACUGCACGGCAUCAGAACCAAACCUGUCUUCGCUCGACCAGCAGAAAAGUCUACACCAGUCCGUAAGGCCCAACAAACUGCCAAGACCGCUGACAAAGGUUCGGACCUGGUCCGCCGAGAGUCGUAUGUCUGCAUCACAGCUCACGAUGCAGUCCUCGCCGCUGCAGCAGCAGCAGCCGUGGGAGAAUUCGACGACAGCCUCGAUGCAGAAGGUACGUCUACGAUCAACAAGGAGAUCAGAGACUCUACUUUCACUCCGCCGUCGAGUCCACAGGACAAUGAGAGAGCGAGCGUGUGCAAGGGGGACACGUUCAACUCCGACCCCGACUUCAGUGCCAGGAUGGAGGAAUUUUAUGAAAAGGUCCUCCAGCACCUGGAUCCCAAUGCAGAUCCGAUGAAAUCUCCGUCUCACCACGAGUUCAGUCUGCGAAUGCAGGAACGUUACGAGAAAGCAUUGUCACGGUGCCCGUGUGAGUCGGGGUCCUUUGCCGCAGCGGGACCAGAAAAACAGCAAGACAGCACGCGUGGCCGCAAGUUUAGCACGCCGACGUUGCCCGACAUUGCUGAUGUCGUAGCACAGUUAGAUCAGGGUCUUAAUCUGGGGGGCGACACCAAUGACAGUGUCACCAGCUCGCUUCUCGACAUUAUCCGGAAGUAUGCUGACGAUGACGACGACGAACCCCUCAGACUGGAGGAGUUCUUCCCGGCAGAUGUCAGCAGCAUUUACGGGUCACCCUAGGGAGGCUCUCUAGCUCACCCUCGGCAUAUUAGUUCCUCCUGAUGUCGAGAAGGUGCCAAGUGAAUGGCAGCGUGCUUGGCAUAAAUAUUAUAAUAACUGUCAAGGUCACGUGACAAUUUUUUUUUUUAAAUCUUUAUCCUUUGCGUUUUCUGCGGGAAAAAGAGUGGCCAAUUAUAUUUUUAAAAAAUAAUGGUUUGUGCCACCUCCUUACCAGAAUGUCCCACACAAUACAGGCAACCCUUGAUUAUGAAUUUGCCAUUUCUAAGGCCUCAGAAGCCCUUGAAUUGCCAUAGUAGCCAAACAUGGUGUGUUUGGCUCAAAAAUCUGCAUAAAGUGCAUUUAAACUUUUAUUCUUUUCUAUUAUUAUUACUUUAGUCAUUUCAAACUUGAACACCACUUCAAGAAAAGUGGUGUUCUCAUCACUUCUCUUGAAUUCAGCAUCCAAUAUCGCAUGUUCUCGUCACUCUUCCCAAAGUGAAGAGAACUUGCGAUAUCACAUGCAGUAAAAAAUGCUUGCAUUAUCGCUAUUCACUUCGAACGACAGAUUUUGUGUUUUCUGAUUGCUUGAAGAAUGUCUCGGCACAUCAUUGAGAUCUCGAAUCUUUUAAAUAAAAAUGUGAAAACCAUG